AUGAAGUUCCUCGUGUUCUUGGCCGCUCUUCUGGCAGUGACUGUGGCUGUGACCCAGACAGGUCCAGAGACGUUUGUGAUCAACGGCGGCAAUGCCAGUCACACGCCUCAUCACGUGAUUGUGGAGUUCGUAAAUGCCGCCAAUCUGGGCUUCUUCGGCGGCGGUUCGAUCAUCACCAGCACUCAUGUCCUCACUGCUGCCCAGAAUAUCCAAGGAUUCACGCUCUGGCGCGUAGGAUACGGAAGUUAUCGUCGUGCUGACUUGAUCUGGAUCCAGAGCACGAAUGCCCUCGCCCACUUCCAGUACGCCCCAGCAACCAGGAACAACGACAUUGGCAUCAUCACUCUUCCCACCCCGAUCGUCUUCACGGCCCGCGUGCGUCCGAUCGCUCUGCCGCCGGCCCUGCUCGAGCUGCCCUUCGAGAACGAGCAGGGCACCAUCGUGGGUUUCGGUUUUACGAGCGCCACCGUCAACCAGCCCGCCGACAAUCUCCGCUAUGGCUACGUGCGCGUCCAGUCGAACACCUUCUGCACCAGCAUCUUCCAUAUGACCGUGCCAAAUCAUUUCUGCGCCAGCGACAAUCGCCACCCUGUGAACAUUUGCAACGGCGACAUUGGCGGAGGAUUCACAGUGUUCUACCGUCGCGAGGAAGUGCUAGCAGGCAUAAGCUCUAUGCUCAUCGAGAACUGCCACAUCCAGUGGCCCUCGGCCUACACGCGAGUCUACCCGUACCUGGGAUGGAUCCACCAAGUGAUCGGCAUCUGAAGGAUUCGCUGA